UUAUUUCAAACCACUUAUAUCGAGGAUAAAAUGAAUUUAACAAUUCCUGAAUGGAUGCAAAAAAUUUAUCCAGAACCAUUGGGUAGCUUAGCAUCAAAAUACUUUCAAAUUGCGUACUCAAAUACUUUAAUGAGACGAUUAAAUGGAGGUCAUAUAUGGAGGAAAAUUUUAACUGAUAUAGAACACAAAGUUCAUGGCCUAUUAGAACCAAAAGGUCGUAAGAUUUAUCUGUAUUCUGGCCACAGAAAGAACGCCAUAAACUUGUUGGCAACUUUGGAUUUGUGGGAUACACAUUUACCACGAUUUUGUGCUGCAACUAUUGUUGAAUUAGCUUAUAAAAUUCAGACGAAUGAAUAUGGUAUAAAAAUAUAUUACUUUGACCAGAAAAAUGAUGAACCAAAUCUGUUAAUAAUUCCUGGAUGUAAUAAUACAUUUUGUGAAUUUCAUAAAUUUACUGAGUUGAUUAAACCGAUCAUUCCAGAAAAUUAUACUAUGGAAUGUGGAUCAAAAGUUAAUUUGGAUAUAUAUCCUUAACCAUGAGUGUCAAUGAUCGCGUUCUCUACACUACAGUUGUACUAUUACUAUUAUCGUUCGUUAUAGUACAAAUAUCGCCCAAACAGCAGUUUUAUGUUGACAAAAUUUCAUACUUUUGGUCAUGAAAGCAUCUUCUUACUUUAUAAGCAAUUCAAAGUACAUUUUUAACACCACAGAAACAAGAUAACAAACGUUGAAAAAUAUUGUAGUGAUAUUUAGGUUCGACAGACAGGUCUGGAAAAAGUUGGAACAGGCCUAUGUCCGAAAAUGGAUUCUGAUCAAUUGAA